GCUUUUUCUCGCGCGUGUUUCCGCAAACUUUCUGGUUCCUUCUGGCCACAUUGCGCAUGCGUGUAUACGUCACGGCCAUCGAGUGUUCCUUCGCAACGGUGUGUACUCACUCAGUCGUCUUGGCCUUUCAAAUUGACAGGUCGUGAAACUCUAACCUCGUCUUGAGAAAGACGAAGAGAAAAUGAUUACUGGUUCUGUGAAAGUCUCUCCACCUUGAUAAAACUGGCAAAAAAAACACACACAGAAAAAUAAAAUGAGUCGUAGUACUGAGAAGUGACCACCAACGUGGAACAAGCAAAAACAUGUCAUUCACUUCGCCCUCGCGGAGACCGAGAACGGGACUCCGACCGUCUCCAUUGUGGACCGCGUUCUUGUCGAUUUGCAGCUCCACAACGUUCUUCGUAUGGGCAACAGAACUCUCCGUUUCUACAACAGCACUCUCAAAAGCACUGGACGCCUGUCCUCCACCCCAGCCGUGCAACUGUCAAUGCGAGUGCGAUGCUGUGACCUACGGCACACCAGCGCCGCCGCCUGCUUUCAUGCAGGAAGGGGAAGAAGCUUCUAUUUCUGGCGGCGCUCGGACUGCAGUAGAAGACGUGCGCGAGCGAGAAGCAUCUUCAGACUCUCCUCAUGGCAGUUUCCUGCAAAAGCGACAGGUACCGCCACCUGUGGAUAGGAGUGGCUGCCCUGAAGUGGGUGCCUGCAAUUGUUUUUGCCCUUGUCGAGAUUUCUAGAAAUGCAAGAUUGUUUUUUCAACAGAUACUUGACGAUAAAGAUGCAUCAUGAUGUCAGAAUGUUGUUGAUGUACAGUGAUAUUUUUUCCUCCCGUCCUACCUGAGCAAGUAGCUUGAUGCGAUAGAUUCACUUAAGUACUCAUAUUCUGCUAACAAGCAAAGC